CGGCAUUUGAAAAGUACAGCGCCUGAGGCUGGGAAAGGCAAAAUCACCUCGAUAUUGAAUCAAACACUAUUUUUUCCCCUCACAUGUUGGGCCGUUCGGUGGCAACCACCUUGCCACUAACUUUAGCCCAGCAUACGGCAACCUUUACAAAGGACCAGCACGCUGACCGACUGGCUGUCUGAAGUUCUGUUGAUGCCCUGCAUGUGUCAUUGUCCCGGUUAUGUGCUGACAUGGGAGACUGGUGGACGCCACCAAUGAUGCCAGACCCUGGUCUUGGGAUCCGAGAGUUCUCCAGUGUCUCCCACAUCGAUGAGUCUCCCUCCAGGCACAGAUCGCCCCCGGCCACUCGCGCCUCUGAGACGAACUCCAAACACUCCUACAGCGUGUUAACUGCCUUCUGCACAGAGGAGAACAUCCCACAGUGUGUUGCCUACGUCAACCAGGAGGCGGCGGCCCUGGGGCUGUGUGGCGUGUGUGUGGAGGCUCGGGGAGCAGGGCCCAGUCUCGGUGCUGCGUCUGCCUUGAACCUGCUCUAUGAGCUGCUGCAGCUCCAGAGGAGAGGCCAGCGGACCCUGCACGACCUCGAGACCCAGCAGCUAAAAAACAACAGCGACCUGGAACACUUGCAGCACAACAACUCCAGACUGAAAGACCAGCUUGAGCACACCCGGAGGGAGAACUCGGGCCUUCAUGAAGGCGAGCGUCAGCUCCAACUGAAGAUCCGAACCCUGCAGAGGUACCUGAAGUCGGAGAAAGAGGAAGUGCAGAAGCUUCAGAGCAUCAUCGCCAGCCGUGCUACACAGUACAACCACGACGCCAAGCGUAAAGAGAGGGAGAGUGCGAAGCUGAAGGAACGUCUCAACCAGCUGCUCGUGGACAAGCGCGACAAGAGACUCGCCAUUGAGGUGGCGAACUGCGUGGGCCGCGCUGACGGGAAAAGAAGCCUGUGGAAGACGAGCAAGAUGGAGGCCAGACACGAGGGGGAGAUGUACAAGGCUCUGCUGAGUGACUAUGAGGGGCGCCAUCAAGUGCUGCUGCAGGAGAAUGCUGAACUGAAGAAGCUCCUGCAGCUCAUGAAGAAGGACAUGGUGUCCAUGCUCAGCCCCAGGAAGACCACACGCGCACACAUGCCUGCUGAGGACAGCCUGGAGCAGGCGGGCUCUGAACCUGACGACGAGUUGUGUGAGGGCAGCAGAGACCCUCUGGAGCAGAUGUGUGAACAGGCUCGUGAGCAGCUGGCCAACAGCAUCCGUCUGCAGUGGAGGAGACUGAAAAGCCACAUGCAGAGACUCGACAGCCAGGUGUCGCUGGCUGCUAGUCGGGAGCAAGAGGAGGUGAUCUCUAGGAGGGAGCAUGAGGAGGCCAUAACACAUAUGAAGAUGGAACUACAGCAGUGUACAGAGUUCAUCCAGACUCAGCAACAACUACUGCAGCAGCAGCUGAGCUUGCCGUGUGACGAGGAGACGGCGGCCCUGCUGAACGACGGAUACUUGCUGGAGGAGAAGGAGCGUCUGAAGGAGGAGUGGAGCCUCUUCCACGAGCAGAAGAAGAACUUUGAGAUGGAGAGGAAGAACUUCACCGAAGCUGCUAUCCGCCUCGGCCACGAGAGAAAAGCUUUUGAGGAGGACCGUGCCCUGUGGCUGAAGACCCAGUUUUUGAACAUGGCCCCGUUUGUGGGCCACAGGCGGCAUGCCACAUCUGAGUCUCGCCGCGCCUUAACCAUCGGUGCUCAGUCCGGGGCCAAAGUCCCGUCCAGUCCGGCUCUUUCCUGCACGUCCGCGUCCCACACUGGCCUCUCCACACCCACCUCUGACCCCAUGACCCUGCCCUCCACAGCUGAGCUCUACCGUACCCUCCAGCUCAUACCGGACAGCAGAAGUCAAGGGAGAUGUGCCAGUAACAGUUUUCAGAGCGGCGCAACAAUGACCAAAUCACAGCUGCGCGACAGCUGUACAGACUGCAGUAUUUUCUCAGUGGUCAGAGAUGGGAACAGCGCCUCCUAGAGGUCAUCCAGUGUUGGGAUCAGUACAGAGACUGCAUGCUGUAUAUGGCACAGGUUAAAGUUCUGUGACCAUAAGCUUAACACAGCAGGAACCUGCCUGUCAGACCAGUAAUGCAAAUCCCUAUAGUGGGACUUGGACUGUAGUGACAUGCCUCUGACGCCAUGACUCAUCCAUACAGACCUAAGCCUCAGACAAUCCAAGUUUUUUUCAGCAUUGUUUACCUGUAAAAAAAUGUAUUAUAAUUUUUUUUUAAUAUAAAUACACACGCACACACACAGUGGAACACCCUAGUUGAGAAGGCACUAAUGUUUAUUAAUAUAUGUUUUACAGUCAUGUAAAAAUAAACAAGUGUAGCACAAUCAAAUAGAGCACUUUAAACAAGACUCCACUGAAAACAUCUUAGUUUCCAACAAUUUAUAUACUUACCUUUUUCUAUUUAACAUUAAAGUGGUAAAAAUAUAAUAUAACUUGGGUAUUUUCUUGGUUUGCUGAUUUUGUUUUAUUUUUUAUUUUUAAAUAAUAUAUGUAUGUUAUCUGCCAUUGCCGUGUCAUAUUAUGCAGGGAUAUGUAGACUGGAAUAGUUGUGGAUAAUAUUUUUGACAGAGUAGUUAUUGGGGAGAGUUUGCCUGUAGAAUCUAGUUUUUGUACAGAUAUGUGAAAUUUGUAGCAGUGAAAUAUAUGACUUGUAAAUGCUUUUUUCCAUUAAUAUUGUACAAUAAUUUUUUUGCUUUUUAUUGACCCAUCUGUUUGUAUAGACAGAUCAUGAAUGUUUCUCUGGUAGAAACACUACAGGUUUUUAGAGGCCGUACAUUGGCUGCUUGAACAUAUCAAUGUAAUAAAUGUUUUUAUUUUAAAAUGAGAUUUAUGCAAUCAGUGGUGUCCUGCUUAAGGCUAUAAUUUAGAAUUUUUGCAUUUAUUUCUGUUUACCUCAGUUCUUUGUCUAGUGUACGAUGGCAAAAUGAAUGAAAUAUUUACGCAGAGGUUCUUGACCCUUACAUAGCCUUGCCACCAAUAUUCAUAUUGCUACUAUUACUAAUGCUACAAAUAACUAAUAUUCAUAAGUUUCAGUUUCAGACUUAGACUUUGUAGUUUUGUUAGAGGGAGUCCUUUACUGGAUGACACUUAACCUUUUUUUUUCCCUACUACUUGUGUGUCGUAAACCUCAGUCGUUUGUCAGAAUGUAAGCACUGGUCCAGCUGAAAAUGUCAGGAAGUAGCCCUGUCCAGGCUGACUGUCAUCCAGUCGUUAGGAAGUGAACGGGAACACAGCCAACAGUUUGGUGAUAAAGGUUUAUUUCAGUAUGUAAACCACUACAUGGUGCUUGUGGUUUGGAGUGUAAGUUACAAAACUCACAAAUUUCAGUAAAGACUUAAAGAAC